ACUGUUUAUAUUUACACUUGACGCGGCUUUAAUGAUUUAGUGUUCAGUUCAUUUUUUUCCAAAACUUAAAGAAUUUACAAAGAAGUCUAAUAAAAUAAUAUGUUGAGGUCUUGGAUUAGGUAGAAAUUUACCGUGAUUAAAAACAUGAAAUCGUUAGUAGCGAUGACCAUAAAAAGUUUUGUCUUCUGGCCGAACGCGACGAUUCCUUUUUACAUAAAUCCCGAUCACUUUGAUCACGAACAAUCGCUCCAAAUAAUGACCGCGCUCUCGGUGUUUUCCUUCAAAACAUGUUUGAGGUUCACUCCCGCCAUGUCGCACCCGGGAGACACGGAUCACGUCCUGCUGUUCGCCAACCCGGACGGAAAGAGGAGGUGCGCCUUGAAGACCGAGGGUCAUUCCGUUUUCGAGCCUCAUCUGGUAACACUCGGCUACGAUUGCUUAAAAUCUCCCUACAUCGAAAUGGUGAUAAUGAAAUCGCUCGGCUUCCCAUUCGAACAUAAUCGGCCCAACAGGAAUUUGUACGUCGACAUACUAGUCGAAAACAUCCAGCCAGAGGCAUUGGAGCUAUUCACGAAGGAUAUAUCCCUGCCAGUCGAGUUGAGGAAUCUUCCUUACGAUUACAAUAGCGUUAUGCACUUCGGCGCGAGGGAAAACAGCAAGAACGGGCACAGGACCAUUCUUUUUAAGGAUCCCAAAAGAACACAAAAUCGUGUAGGACUAAGUGAAAUUGAUCUGAGGAAAAUCGAAGUCGUCUACGGACCUGAGUGCUUGAAGAGGGACAGACAAGCAAAGAUCGAUCUCUGUCAGUCUUACCCGGGUGUAGCCAGGAGGAAAAGAGACGUAAGAAUCAGUGAAAGCCUACGAAUCAAUCCUGAUAUAACACCUUUCCCAAAGAACCUUAAUAUAAGCGAGAACGACGAAAUUAAUUCCACCAUUAUUGAUGACGAUUUAAAAUCAACGUUAGACAAACUCGAAAUUACUGAUGAAAUGGAAAUAUUGAUAGAGGAAAUACAUACAGUUAUAGACAUGGCUGUAUCAAGGGCCAAAACAAGACACUGCAAUGGCACUACGAAACAUAACAGUGUUCCUAAAAUAAACGUGACUAAUACAGAUUUAUCGGGAGCCGUUGAAAUAAUAACUAAUUUGGUUAUAAGUAACGUUGAAAACGCUUUGACGAGAAAAGAUUUUUGCACGUCUAAGGACAUUCCAAUAGCCAGAUGCGGUUAUGGAUCCGACGAUAGAUGUAGACAGACGUACAGAUCCACGAAAUCGGGUGCAGUUAAAUAUUCAACGCAACACAGACCUACUUAUUACCAAUCGACGAACCAUUAUCCUUUGUCGAGAAUAAAACAUUUGCUAAGAUCCCAAGGUGAUAAGAAUACCACAGACGCAAAAGGAUCGGAUAGUAUAUCGGAUGUGAAUGUAGAAGCUAAAAAAGAUAGAGUGAGAAAGAAAAGAAGUUUAGAUGGAGACGUAGAAGAAGAUAGUGUUAGGAAAUCGGAAAAGGGUAGCGAAGAACCUGGAAAUUUGUCUUCGAAUCACGUUACUGAAGCUCUUGAUGCCGCCUUGAAGAAUGGAACUGGUGGUAGAAUGUUUUUUAAGGCGCGACAUUACAGCGUCAAGAGCAAAAAUCAAAUGUCGAAUAUAAAUUGGGAGGAUUCGAAUUUGUCACUGGAGACGAACAGAAAAAUUAGUACUAAGAAAAAUGAUCGAGAAUAUUCUCGAAACGUAUUCACCGAAAUGACUGAAGUUUAUACUGAAAAGCAAACGAAGAAAAGGCUACGACAACAGAAACAGAAGGAAAAAUCCGGUUCGAGAUUCGCGCCGAAAACCGUCAGACUCACGAAGUUGAACAAAGAAUUUUACGAGGACAGAAAAUGGCCCUCCGGCGUCGUUAGAUACGUCAUAAAAGAUAACGCGCAAUACGAUGUCCCCGGACUAAGGAGACGACUGGAAGAGGUUAACGAGAUAUUGAUGGAGAAGACUUGUGUUAGAAUACGCGAGCUAUCCGAAGAUGAAGUCGGCAAAUACAAAGAUUACCUCGUCAUAGAUGAUAGUCCAGACUAUGUGACCGGAAGAGUUGGGGGCAGACAGAACUUUGGCAGCAUUGAGCUGCUGCGCGGCGGCCAACAUCGACAGCACACCGCCAUGAUGGUCAUGGCGAUGCUGGGCUUCUACUUCGAAGUGGCCCGUCACGACCGCGACCUUUACAUUAAGGUUCACCCCAGACACAUCAGACCCGAUAAGCUCCAUCAUUUUGAGAAAAUACGACCUGACGCCACGUUUGAUUUGGCGUACGACUACAAAAGCGCCACACACCCGGCCUGGCAGUACUGGAGGCAAAUAGGCAGGACCGGAAUAUCUUCGGUUGCGACCUACAAAGAUCAGGAUCCCGACGGCUCCAUAAUGCGUUCACUAGGCCAAAACGAAGAGCUGUUAUCAGAUAUCGACAUAAUCAAGAUAAACUCAGUGUAUGGAGUCAAAUGUUUCCGAAACCAGAACUAAUAAAAUCGUAUUACAGUUUUAAUUUUAAUAUAUUUUGUAUUUUUUUUGUUACGUUAAUUUUUAAUUGCUGAAAAACAUUUAAUCUAAGAAAACUUCUAAAUUUGCGUGAAUAUAUUAUUUAAGUUUCGGCCUUUCCACAGAUAAUAAUACUUAAGCUUUAUAAGGUAAUUUAAAAACGGACUCUUUGGUCUGAGUUGAAGUUCGAAAAACAAUUUAAAAAAAAAGUCAUCAUGAGUUUUCUAAAAGUUGUGUGAAUUGCUUUAAUUUGUGAUUUUAAUGUUUCUUCCGAUUGAUAUGUGUAAUAACGAUGGUUUAUUAACUGUUUAGUAUCUGUGAAAGUGCACAAACGUAGGAAAAUGAAACAAAGCCGCUGGACGUAGCUUAUUGGGUUGUCCCAAAAAGCUCACUUUUAGUACAUAACCACCGUUUUUCUGAGACUUUAUUUCAUCGCAUCUCAUCUCGUGUCAUUUAAUCUCUAUUGAUUACAGUCUCAAAUAGAUCAACUUCAGCUCCUUUCAUCCACAUAAUUUUUCAGUCCACAUUAUUAUUUAUUUAUAUUUGAAAAAUUAGGCUGUAUGGUAUGCUACCUUCGCUUUUCUUGUUGUAAAAAGAAGAAUAAUCAUUUUUGACAUUUAUGUAUUUUGAUUACAAAAGCAAAGGCAUUCCACACACAUCACUGUUCAAUAACAUUCGUGUUUUCUAAAAGAAUAUCACUUUUGCUCAUCACGUCGUAAACUUCUAUAUCGUUAUUAUAUAUUCGUUUCCGUAUAACACAUUUUUCCGCGGUUAUAAUCAUACCUACGGCUGUAAAAGAUCGAAGGUUUUUUUUCAUUAUUAUUAUGUAAUGAUAUCUUGAUUAUACUAGGCGACGAAGUAGAGAAGUCGGAUAUUAAUAAUUUCAACUUUUCAAAUGUAAUUUAUGUAUAAGAAAUUUAUAAGUUCUAAGUUGGUUGCGGAAAUUAAAGUGACUACAUAUUUCAAGGGCUA